UCACAUCCUCAAUUUACGGCUUUUGUUACCUUUUUUAGCUGUCAAAUUGGUAAAGGAUUGAAAUCAUCUGCACUAAAUCUUAAAUUAUAUUUUUAUAAUUUCCGUCAUUACGUUUCUUUUGUUUUUCGAGGCCCUUUGAGGCCUUCAAUUGCUUUUUUCGUCGAUGACGCGCGGAAAGGAACAAUUGACAGUCGCCUGUUUUAUCGACAGAGUUGAGUUUUAAUUUUCGAGUGCGAGGGCGCUGCAUGUUUUUUGGUCUUCUAACCCCACAAAUUCGGGAUUUUUCACUCAAUUUUGAAGUAUUGUCGGGGUUCUUCUACGACUGAUAAAUAAUCAGCAAUGGCCACCAGAAGACCGAAUUUUAUACUCAACUCUAGCUGGAAACAAUGGGCUUAUAAUUUGUCGCGUUUCAAUCAGUAUGGUUUGAGACAUGAUGAUUGUCUUUAUGAGACUCCAGAGGUGAAGGAGGCUCUUCGUCGUCUACCUGCUCACCUCGUCGACGAGCGCACCUUCCGCAUAGUUCGGGCCAUGCAGCUCAGCUGCAACAAAGUGGUUUUACCAAAGGAACAAUGGACGAAAUUCGAAGAAGACACGCACUACCUGCGUCCCUACCUUGACGAAGUUCUGAAAGAGAUCAAGGAGAAGAAGGACUGGGACAAACAAUAAACUAAUUUAUAGAGUAAUACUUAGAGAAUUAUCGAAAUUGAUGGCUACCUAAUAUCUUGAUAUCAGGAAGAAGUACUGUAAAGUUAUCUUCAAUAUAAAAGUCACUGUACAUACAAAAAAUAA